AAGCGUAAGGCCCAUUUGCAAUGGCCAUUAAAGCAGCUUAAAAGUUAAUUAAAAAUUCAAUCACUUGGUCUCAAAACAAAUACAACAACAAUCCCAAGAUUUCAACUUUACUUAGACACUUGGCAACAUUCCUUUUCUUCGCUCUUAAUUAAACACUUACUACGACAAAAAUCUCUAUUUUCACACCGCUUAACGGUACGCCAUCUGCAAAGAAAAAAAAAAGAAAACAAAACAAUCUCUAUUUGCUACACUAGACGCCAUAGCUACUUCCGGUUUCCGCUAAGAGAACUUCUGCUUCCGUAGAAAUUUCAUCAAAAUCCCCUAAAAGAAAAUCCCCCAUUCCCUCUACCCCCCAUUCUACUUGCCACACACAGAGAAAAUAAAGCAACGCUAUGGUUGAAAUACAAAAACCCAACUCAACCUUAAAACGUCCAUCAUUGAAAAGGGAAACCGUGGUUGUCAAUAAUACGAAUGCACCCAUGAAGAAGGUCACUUUGGUGCCAAAAGAUGAGGAAUUGGUGGCCAUAUCACCGGAAAGACGAAAUUGGCGUGGCAUAUUUAUAGCGCUGUUGGUUAUAGCAGCCGUCUUCAGUUUAAUCAUAUUUUCCAUAUUUUUACUAUCACCAGAGGAUGAAGCUUUACGCUUACGUGGCGUUAGAUUAACAUUAAGUGAUAUUUUAAGUAAACGCUUUCAAUGGAAACCAUUUAAUGGUUCAUGGCAUAGUGACAAUGACUUAGUAUUUCGAGAUCCCACUGGUGGUCUGUCUAUAUUAAAUUUAGAAAACUAUACAACACGUGUUUUAAUGACCAACUCUUCAUUUAGGCAAUUGAAUGCUGAAUCAUUUUUAGUAGCACCAGACUUAAAAUACGUUUUGCUGCAAUCCGAUGGUAGUGCGGAGGGAUCAAGACACCAUGUCUAUGAGGUUCAGACAGCAAACACAUUUCCUUUGGGACCAACUGAAAAUAUUGCCGAAGCACCACGUCUUCAGUAUGUACUGUGGGCACCCUACAAUCCUCUACAUCCGGCCAAUACCAAUGGCAAUGGCGCCAAUGGUAACGGCCAUGGUUUGGACACCAAUAAUCUUCCACCAUCUUCAGCUGCAGCGGGAGGAGCAUCACAAGGCGCACCCACACCCACCACCAGUAUCCUGUUGAGUAGUUUAGCUAAUGGCGCCAAUAUGGCCGCAAAUUUGGUCAAACCUCCGCCACCAAUACAAUUACAGCAACAGCAGCAACAACUACUGCAACAACAACAACUAACAAUGCAAAAUAAUCGAGCACUGGCACAAAAUCAGGCCAUUGCUUUUGUGCAUGAGAACGAUAUCUACUAUAAGCCCAAGGUGCAGGGUGAAUUGGUGUGCCGGAUAACAAAUAAUGGUCAAGCAGGUGUGGUCUAUAACGGCAUACCCGACUGGACGUAUGAGAACAUUCCCGAAUUGGAUAGCCGUGGUGGUAGUAUGGCAUUUUCUCCUGAUGCUCUGUACUUGGCUUACCUAACAUUUAACGACAGCGAAGUCAGCGAAUACAAAUACACCUGGAUGGGUGAUGAUCUCAAGUACCCUGCAGUGCUAACACAACGCUAUCCCAAGGCGGGCUCCAUCAAUCCCAACAUCACUGUUAACAUAGUCAACCUGUCCGUCCUCAAGUACAUUUUUCCCACACAAAUUAAACUUCCGGCAGAUCUCAGCAACGGCAGCUACAUAGGUGGUCUGACCUGGGCCACCCCCAUUGAUCUCUCGGUGGUGGUUACGAAUCGUGGCCAAACCAAAGCCACCACUGUACUAUGCAGGGCACCAGAUUUCUUUUGUACUGUGGCCAAUACCGAGGUAACCAUUAACGAUGGCUGGGUGCUGCCCAACGAAAGGCCCAUCUUCUCCAAGAAAUACAAUAGUCUUCUCAAGAAUGCCAACAGCAAUGUGACCAUGGGCAACAACGAAAACUUCCAGAACAUAACGAAUGGCCAAACCACUUAUGAGAUCACCAAUGGUGGUUAUCUGCUAAAACGUCUUCCGGUGCGUGAUGGUGAGCAUGGCCAUUUUCGCCAUGUGGUCUUCACCUCGUCGUUGGAUCGACGAACGGUGCCCCUAACCAUGGGUCGUUUUGAGGUGACCGAAAUUGUCGGUUGGGAUGAGGAUAAGGAAAUUGUCUACUUUAUGGCUGCUCCUGAGAAGCGGCCUGGCGAGAGGCACCUCUACAAGAUCAGCCUUAAGUUGAAUGUCACCAAAACGAAUCGCACCUACAUUACCUCAUCACAACCCACAUGUCUCACCUGUGACAAUACGCCGUCUACAUUCCGCUUGCGAAAUGGCCGACCCGCUAUGGAGCCCGAAGACGUCGACGAGGAUGAGGUCGAUUUGGUCUAUGUCAUACCCAAGAAUUGUCUCUACAACAAGGUUUACUUUAGCAAGGAUUUCUCCUAUUAUGUGCAGGAGUGUCUGGGCCCUGAAUCGCCGAGUGUCUAUUUGGUGGAGACUCAAAAUAAUUUGAAGACUCUGGUCUUGAAUGCCGGCGAUAGUUUGAGAAAUCGCCUGCUGCAGUACGCUGUGCCACAAAUACGCACCUUUAAUGUGGAAAUACGUCAUGGCUUCCAUGCCCAGGUGAAAUUGUAUCUGCCGCCCGGCAUGAAGGAAGAUGAGGAGGUGGCAUUCCCUUUGAUAUUGCAAAUCGAUGCUUCUCCCGGUUCUCAAUUGGUUAGUGAACGUUUUCAAGUCACCUGGAAUUGGUAUCUCAGCAGUCAACGUUCCUAUUUGGUGGCACAAAUCGAUGGUCGCGGUAGCGGUUUCCAAGGGGAACUAUUGCGUACCCAGGUACAUGGCAAACUGGGUACCGUGGAGGUGGAGGAUCAAUUAGCCGUGUUGACUUAUUUGCGUGAUACCUUGAAAUUCAUUGAUCCCUCACGUAUUUGUGCUUAUGGUUGGGGCUAUGGUGGCUAUGCCACAGCCAUGACCCUCAUCGAUGAUUCGCAGCAGGUGUUGCAGUGUGGUGUGGCAGUGAAUCCCAUAUCAUCCUUUGCUUAUCAUUAUUCGUUCUUUACGGAACGCUACAUUCCGCUGAAGGGUGAUUACUUGCGUGCUCUGCAAGAGGCUGAUUUAACUAUGAAAGCGGGAAAUAUCAAGGGCAGAAAUCUUAUGUUGAUACAUGGCACAGCAGAUACUCUGGUGCAUCAAGACCACACGCUUAUGCUGGUUAAAGCUUUAGUAGAUCAAGAAGUCAAAUUUAGACAUCAGGUCUAUCCUGAUGAGGAUCAUUUAAUGUUAAAAUCUUUAUCUCAUGUCUACCAAACCAUGGAAUGGUACUUCGAAGAAAGUUUCGGUCCCAAUGAGGAUAGUGAAUGGGAUCCAACUGGACUGUUUGUGUUCAAACAAUAAUUGUUAAUGUUAGAAAUGAUUUAAUUUUUUGUAACAAUUACAAACAAUUUUAGUGAUUAAUUAGAACAUUUAAUUGAUUUUUUUAUAUAUAUUUCAAACAACAACAACCAAGAAAAACAAAAACAGCAAACAAAGCAAAAACAAAAAAAUUAUAUACAAAAAAAUAGAAAUUUGUUAAAAACAGAUGUUGAUGAUGCAUAGGAGGCAGGUAACAACAUAUAAUUAGUGAAAAAGGGAGAAGCAGAAGAAAAACUAAAACAAAUUAAUUAACAGUAACAACAACAACAAAGUGAUGAAUUAAUUUUUUAUGUAUGACUGAGUAAAUUUAAAACCAAAAACACAAACACACACACAUGCAAAUAUUAAAAUUAUUAACAAAAAAAAAUAAUUUGAAUGUGUAAUAACGAGUAUAUAGCAUUGUGUUAUAAAUUGUUUUUAUUUAUUUUUUAUUAAUUGUUAAAUGGAAAACGAUGGUUUAGAUUGUUUUUAAGGUGUACAUAUAGAUUUGUUAUAGAUAAAAAUAGGUUGAUUUAAACGUUUUUAUUUUUUUUUUAAUAUAAAGUUAUUUUUACAUUAUAAAUUUCUUUAGUUUUUUGUAAAACUUAUAAUAUGAAAAAAAAAUACUUUUGUUUUUUUUUAGUACUCCUGGAGUCUGGAUGAUAGAAGCUACCUUUUGGUUAUACAGUAAAUAACGUAUAUAGGCACAUCGUGCCUAUAUACGUUAUACACCGUAUCUUUUCUAAUGAAACAACUCUUAUAAGCAAGAAACAUAUACAAGAAAUAUUUUUAAAGCACCGAAGCUGAAAACUUCACUUCGACAAAUUUUCUAUUAGAACUUUUUAUACCCACCACAGAAGGAUGGGGGUAUAUUCAUUUUGUCACCCUAUUCUUGAUCAGCGUAAAAAUCUAAGACGAUCUAGACAUGUCCGUCCGUCUGUCUGUUGAAAUCACACUACAGUUUUUAAAAAUAGAGAUAUUGAGCUGAAAUUUUGCACAGACUCUUUUUUUGUCCAUAAGCAGGUUAAGUUCGAAGAUGGACUAUAUCGGACUAUAUCUUGAUAUAGCCCCCAUAUAGACAGAUCCGCCAAUUUAGGAUCUUAGGCCAAUAAAAGCCACAUGUAUUAUCCGAUAUUGCGGAAAUUUAGGACAGUGAAUUGUGUUAGGCCCUUUGACAUCCUUCAUCAAUUUGGCCCAGAUCGGUCCCGAUUUGGAUAUAGCUGCCAUAUAGACCGAUCUGCCGAUUUAGGGUCUUAGGCCCAUAAAAGCCACAUUAAAUAUCCGAUUUUGCUUAAAUUUGGGACAGUGUGUUGUCUUAGGCCCUUCGACAUCUUUCUUCAAUUUGGCCCAGAUCGGAUCAGAUUUAGAUAUAGCUGCCAUAUAGACCAAUUCGCCGAUUUAGGGUCUUAGGCACAUAAAAGCCAUAUUUAUUAUACGAUUUCGCUGAAAUUUAGGACAGUGAAUUGUGUUAGGUCCUUCGACAUCUUUCUUCAAUUUGGCCCAGAUCGGAUCAGAUUUAGAUAUAGCUGCCAUAUAGACUGAUCCGCCGAUUUAGGGUCUUAGGCCCAUAAAAGCCACAUUUAUUAUCCGAUAUUGCUGAAAUUUGGGACAGUAUGUUGUGUUAGGCCCUUUGACAUCCUUCAUCAAUUUGGCCUAGAUCGGUCCAGAUUUGAAUAUAGCUGUCAUAUAGACCGAUUCGCCGAUUUAGGGUCUUAGGCCCAUAAAAGACACAUUUCUCAUCCGAUUUUGCUGAAAUGUGGAACAGUGAGUUGUGUUAGGCCCUUUGACAUCCUUCAUCAAUUUGGCCCAGAUCGGUCCAAAUUUGGAUAUAGCUGCCAUAUAGACCGAUCCUCCGAUUUAGGGUCUGAGGCCCAUAAAAGCCAUAUUUAUUAUACGAUUUCGCUGAAAUUUAGGACAGUGAAUUGUGUUAGGUCCUUCGACAUCUUUUUUCAAUUUGGCCCAGAUCGGAUCAGAUUUAGAUAUAGCUGCCAUAUAGACCGAUCCUCCGAUUUAGGGUCUGAGGCCCAUAAAAGCCACAUUUCUUAUCCAAUUUCGCUGAAAUUUGGGACAGCAAGAUGUGUUAGGCCUUCUGACAUCCUUUUUCAAUUUGGCCUUGAUCGGAUCAGAUUUAGAUAUAGCUGCCAUAUAGACCGAUCCGCCGAUUUAGGGUCUUAGGCCCAUAAAAGACACAUUUCUCAUCCGAUUUUGCUGAAAUGUGGAACAGUGAGUUGUGUUAGGCCCUUUGACAUCCUUCAUCAAUUUGGCCCAGAUCGGUCCAAAUUUGGAUAUAGCUGCCAUAUAGACCGAUCUCUCGAUUCAAUGUUUUGGGCCCAUAGAAGGCGCAUUUAUUGACCGAUUUCGCCAAAAUUUGAGACAGAGAGUUAAGUUAAGCCCCUCCACAUAUUUCUGCUAUUUGGUUCAGAUCGAUCAAGAUUUGCAUAUAGCUGCUAUAUAGACCGAUAUCUCGAUUUAACAUCUUGGCCCCAAAGAAGGCACAUUUAUAAUCCGAUUUGAUGGAAAUUUGACACAUUGACUUAUGUUAGGCUUUUCGACUUCCAAGUUGUAUAUGGUUCAGAUCGGUUUAUUUUUAGAUAUACCUACUCAAAAGACCAAUAUUUUGUAAUACACAAUGAAACAAUGACUUGUACUUGGUAAUAUCUGGUCCAAAUCGGAACAUAUUUCGAUGAAACUGCUAUGGGACAUAAGGUAUGCAUUUUUCAUCGGAUUUUGAUGAAGGUGGUUUACAUAUGUAACCAAAGUGGUGGGUAUCCAAAGUUCGUCCCCGCGGAACUUAACGCCUAUUUUACUUGUAUUAUUAUGAAAAAUCAGUAUGCAGACAAAAAGUGAGUUUUCAGGUGGAUAAUUCGCAGAGCAGUGAUGGAACUUUCACACAUUUGCUCAUUACUUUGUAGCCUGCGGGCUUAUGUUGUGUUCGUAGAAAUAUGGACACUAUAGAAAAAAACGCAUAUAAGAAAACCAGUAGGGAAAGGCAAAAGUGCCGACUUUAUAAUACCCUACACCUACACUUUAGAUACGAAUUGCGAACUAUAUCUAAUUCUGAACCAAUCUCGGUGGAUGUUUUCAGAUAGGUUAUUAAACAAUGCGUAUCAAAUUUCGAGCAAAUAAGGUCAAACUGUAAUAAAUACGGUUGACAAAUGACAACAUUAAUGCAAAUCACCCAAAAUCUGAUGAACAUAUAUAUAGGGAGCUACAUCGAAAUCUGAACCGAUUUUGACCAAACUUCUUUGAUAUAGUGGUAGGCAUCGAGGAAAGAAUUGUGCACAAUUUUGGCAAUAUUGGUCAAUAAUGAGCUUGUAGUGACCCCAGAAAUACAUAUAUGGCUGCUAUAUAUAAAUUUCAACCGAUUUCUAUGGAAUUCACCAGUAAUGUUGAAAGUCAUAAAAGAAUCCUUCCUACCAAAUUUUGAGAGAAUCGGUUAACAUAUGAGCAUUUUAUUGCAAUAUUAGUCCAAAUCUGACAAACAUAUAUAUGGGAGCUAUAUCUAAAUCUGAAUCGAUUUUGAACAAACUUCCUAGAUAUUAUGAUUGUCGUCAAGGAAAGCGUUCAACAAAGUUUAAGGAAGAUUGGUCAAUAAAUGAGUUUGCAUUGACCAUAGAAGUGAAAUUCGGGUAAUAUAUUGGGUUGUCCAAAAAGUAAUUGCGGUUUUUUUAAAAAAAAUGAAAUGCAUUUUUAAUAAAACUUAGAAUGAACUUUAAUCAAAUAUAUAAUUGCCAUUUUGUUCGAUAACCUUUUGCCAUCUUCCUGGUAAAUUUUGUAUUCCACGCUCAUAGAACUUCUGUCCUUUAUCUGCAAAAAACUGAACCAAGUGCGAUUUUAUAGCCUCAUCAUUGCCGAAAGUUUUACCAUUUAAGGAGUUCUGCAAAGAUCGAAAUAAAUGGUAGUCUGAUGGUGCAAGGUUAGGGCUAUAUGGUGGAUGCAUCAAAAGUUCCCAGCCAAGCUCACUCAGUUUUUGGCGAGUGACCAAAGAUGUGUGCGGUCUAGCGUUGUCCUGGUGGAAUAUGACACCUUUACGAUUGACCAAUUCUGGUCGCUUCUCCUUGAUGGCUGUAUUCAAUUUGUCCAAUUGUUGACAGUAAACAUCCGAAUUAAUCGUUUGGUUCCUUGGAAGCAGCUCAAAAUAUACCACACCCUUCCAAUCCCACCAAACAGACAGCAUAACCUUCUUUUGGUGGAUAUCAGCCUUUGAAGUGGUUUGAGCUGGUUCACCAUGCUUGGACCAUGAUCGUUUUCGAUUAACGUUGUUGUAAACAAGCCAUUUUUCAUCUCCAGUUAUGGUUCGUUUUAAAAACGGAUCGAAUUCAUUGCGUUUAAGGUGCAUAUCACAAGCGUUGAUUCGGUUUGUUGAAUGAAUUUCUUUCAAUACAUGUGGUACCCAUAUUAAAAUUGACGCCAAACAAACAAAUGUAAACAAAAUUUCGCGCACUUUUUUUCUAAAGCAAGCUAAAAGUAACAGCUGAUAACUGACAGAAGAAAGAAUGCAAUUACAGAGUCACAAGCCGUUGAAAAAAUUUGUCAACGCCGACUAUAUUACUACUUUUUGGGCAACCCAAUAUAUUGGCUAUACUGCUUUCUGGACCAUUAUAAAAAGCAUUUUAUACAUCUUCAGACUCCUUAGCCAACAAAUGGUAUUGCCUUGAUUUCCCUUAUUAUUAUGAUUACUAUUGUAAUAACCUUUGGUGUGUCUUUUCCUUUUUUUAGUAAAAUUCUCUUGUUGAAUGUAACCAAAUAUCAAAGAAAAAAUUUAUUAAUUUUAAACAAAAUAGUCUUCGGCCUAGUCAACAAACAAAAUCCGAAAUAUAUUUAAAAAAUAAAUACAAAACAAAUGAAAAACACAACUGUUGUACAUAUAAUUUUCCUUACAUACAUAUAUAUUUUAAGUGUAAUGAUAAAUAUUUUUUUAAAAACAAACAAACAAACACCCCAAAGUAAAACCAAACAAAACGUUCAGAUCAGUUUAGAUUUAAAGUAAGUUUUUUGUUGUUGUGUUUUUUUAUUAUUACCACUAUUAAUGUACAUUUUCAAUUUGUAGUUAUUAUUAUACAUACAUACAUACAUAUAUGUAUAUAGAUUAUAUAUACGUAUAUUGAAAAACAAAAGAAGAAAACUAAAUCCAAUCCAAAAGAAGUUAAACAUUUAAAAAACUAGAAAAUUAAAUGGCAACAGACAGUGAAUGGCAAACCGUUAUCCACAAAGAAUGAGAGAUAGAAAGAGACAUGCAUAUGUCAAUGAUGUAUUGCCAAUACAUCGAAGUGAACACAGAGAGAGAGAGAGAGAGAGUUGUAGAAUGUGUAUGAGAGUAAGAGCAAACAAGAGAUUGGCAAGCUGCGAGUGAAGCUGAAAUAAAAAACGAUACCAAUAAAGGCAAAGCUUUAAAUGUUUA